GCUUCUACGCUUCCAAUAGGCUUUUUUUCAAUAACACUCCCACACAACAGCAACUUCCAAACUCACAAUGGCUGAAACGACUUUCGUUGAGGAAACCCCCGUGAUUGAGGACGCCGCCCGUGUUGUAGAUGAGGAGCCAAGCUCCCUCGAGGACGCCAUUCGGAUUGUCAUUCAAAAGUCCCUUGAGGCUAACGGCCUGGUACGUGGCCUUACUGAAGUCGCUCGUGCACUGGAUCGGAACGUUGCCCACCUUUGCAUCUUGGCCGAGGACUGUGAGGAUGGAGAUUACAAGAAGCUUAUUACAGCCCUCGCGAAGCGCGGUUCGAUCGAUCUCAUUAAUGUGGGAAGUCGUGUGAAGCUCGCCGAGUGGUCUGGCCUUGUGCGCAAGAAUUCCGCCGGUGAAAUCACGAAGACUUUGAAGUGCUCCAGUGUUGUCAUUUACGAUUUUGGUGAGAAGACACGAGCUAUGGAAUACCUGUUGUCUCAUCUCCACUAAGUCAUUCGUCAUUUUUAUUUGGUAAUACGGGAUAGGAAAACAAAGGGCGAAGUAAUUGUUUAUUAUUUCGAUUUAUAAGAAAUUUUUUUUUAAAUUUUCCCAUUUGAUUUUCAUUUGACGCAGAUUAUCAAAGAAAAAGGUGAAGCACACAAUGAGAGCUACUAAUCCGAACGCGUAAGAAGUUUUGUAUCUUUUUUGUUCUUUUCUAAGAUAAAA